AUGGCCCAACAUCCUGAGGUUCUCUGGGCGCAGCGCAGCAGCGACUCCGAUGCGAGCAAGAACAUCAUAUACUUGACCAUCAACUUGCCAGACAUCGUCGAGAGCACACUCCAAUAUGAUCUUACUCCGACAAAGCUUUCGUUCAAGGCGAAAGCCGGUAGCACCGAGCAACGCGAUUUCGCCUUCGACCUCGACUUCUUCGGCGAGGUCGUCCCCGAGGAAUCCUCCAAGCGUUUGACGAGCCGCUCGUUCGCGCUCAUCCUGCGCAAGAAGGAGCUCAAGACGGAGUACUGGCCACGCAUCACGAAGGAGAAGGUCAAGAGCCACUUUAUCAAGACCGACUUUAGCAAGUGGGUCGACGAGGACGAGCAGACCGGCGCCGAGCCUGCGCCCGACGACGACUUUGACCCGAUGGGCGGCAUGGGUGGUAUGGGCGGAAUGCCGGGCAUGGGCGGUAUGCCAGGCAUGGGCGGUAUGGGUGGCAUGCCUGGUAUGGGCGGUAUGGGCGGUAUGGACUUCGAAAAGAUGAUGGCCCAGAUGGGUGCUGCAGGUGGCGCCGGACCUUCGGGCGAAGAGCCCGAGGACGAUUCCGACGACGAGGGCCCACCGCCGCUCGAGGACGCGCCGGAGGCGAAGUAA